GACCAUGCUGGCCUCGAACUCACAGGGAUCCGCCUGGCUCUACCUCCCAAGUGCUGGAAUUAAAGGUGUGCACCACCACCACCGGGCUCCUUUUCCUUCUUGCAAGCCUUUUUCUGCAGGUGUUACACAGUUUUGUUCACUUCCGUUUCUUUAGUGUCUGUCCUUCAGCGAUCACACACACUGCCAUUUCCACCCUUUAGGCACGAGCCUAGGUUUCUCUAAAGAGCACAAGAUCUGAUGUUCUCCUUUAUAUUCGGAACCCAGCAGCUGAGUCAGCGAUCGGCACGGGCGGGGACCCCAGCUCCGCCCCUGCCCGCCCUCGCGCCCUUGGGUCCCCGGCUCCCGGGAUCUGGAAGGAUUUCACGCAGCCGGCGUGGAUCUCCUCCUCUGGACCGGGAAUGUGGAGUCCAGGCCCCGUAGAGCGUCCGCUGUCUGCGCAUCCAGUCCGCGGCGGUUGAACCCCGAGUCUCCGGCGAACCGAAGCAGCGGCUCAUGGACACAGCGGAGUCCCGGGCUCCUGCGGGGACAGGAGGUGACUGUGAUCCGCGCAGUCGCGCGCUGCCGCUCGCUUCUGGCCUGUCUCUUUAACUAGGAUCCAAUGGCUCUGGAGGAAGUCCAGGAGAGACAUCGAGGAGACUUUCAAGAGAACAGCUUUGUGUACUGGUGUCGGCAGCUUCCUUAAACUUGGGUUGCAUGAUGGCCUAUUCCAUCCUUGGACCGUUUUUCCCCAAGGAGGCAGAAAAGAAGGGGGCCAGCAACACCAUGAUUGGGAUGAUCUUCGGAUGCUAUGCUUUAUUUGAGUUGCUGGCAUCUUUAGUGUUUGGAAAAUACCUUGUACAAAUUGGAGCCAAAUUCAUGUUUAUAGCAGGAAUGUUUAUCUCAGGAGGAGUUACAAUUCUCUUUGGUGUCUUGGACCAACUUCCAGACGGACCCAUAUUUAUUGUCAUGUGUUUUCUGAUGAGAAUAGUAGAUGCCAUAGGCUUUGGUGCAGCGAUAACAGCAUCGUCUUCUAUCCUCGCAAAGGCCUUCCCAAAUAAUGUGGCUACUGUGUUGGGAAGCCUUGAGGUUUUUUCUGGACUGGGGCUGAUGGUAGGUCCCCCUUUAGGUGGCUUUUUGUAUCAGUCCUUUGGCUAUGAGGUGCCUUUUAUUCUUCUGGGGUGCAUAGUUCUACUGAUGAUACCACUCAACCUAUGUAUUUUGCCCAGUUAUGAGUCGGAUCCAGGUGAACACUCCUUCUGGAAACUUGUCUCAUUACCCAAGGUCGGUCUCAUAGCCUUCGUCAUCAUCUCCCUCAGCUCUUGCUUCGGCUUCCUCGAGCCAAUCCUCUCUCUCUUCAUCUUGGAGAAGUUCAAUUUGCCAGCUGGAUACGUGGGACUGGUCUUCCUGGGUCUAGCUCUGUCCUACACCAUUUCAUCACCACUGUUCGGUCUCCUCUGUGAUAGGAUGCCUAAUCUCAGGAAAUGGUUUCUGAUUUUUGGAAACUUAAUCACAGCUGGGUGCUACAUGCUCUUAGGACCUGUCCCCAUUUUGCACAUUAAAAGUCAGCUCUGGCUCAUGGUGCCGGUGUUAGUGGUCAAUGGCAUCUCUGCUGGAAUGAGUAUCAUCCCAACUUUCCCGGAGACCCUUAGUUGUGCAUAUGAAAAUGGGUUUGAAGAGGGAAUAAGUACGCUGGGACUCGUAUCUGGUCUUACUGGCGCCAUGUGGUCAGUUGGUGCUUUCAUGGGACCAAUGCUGGGCGGAUUUCUGUAUGAGAAAAUUGGUUUCGAGUGGGCAGCAGCUAUACAAGGUCUAUGGGCUCUGAUAAGUGGACUUGCGAUGGGCUUAUUUUAUCUCUGGGAGCACUCAAAGGCGAGAAGAAGAUCUAAAACUCAGAACAUCAUUGACACAGAGGAGGAAGAAGCUGGGCUCUUGCCCAAUGAAACCUAAGCUCGCAAGCUCUGGACUGAUGCAGACUGGGAGACAGGUGCCUCGAGCUAAGACAGCAGCUGCUGGAGGAGCUUUCUGGGUGCCAGGCAGAAGUCCUUGCUUCCUGGACUCGAACCCUGGAAGUGUCAAGCUGCUUUUAGACGACCCUGCCCCGGGCUGCGCUUACUGUAGUUUGGAACAUCUAUGAGAAAGGGAAAACCAGCAGAAGCUGGUGUUUCUAAAUGACCCGCCUUGUCCCUCAGGGUGCUGUUAUUGACUCUCUUUGGCUUUCUUAUUCUUGCAUUCGUUUUUCAUUCUAAGUUCUUCAGUUCUACAGAUGCACUUCUUAAAAUUAAUAUGUGAAGAAAUGAAACUACUUAAUAUACCUUGAACAUAUACAACAGAAUGUAUAAUUUUAUGAAAUCAGUUUUGAAAGACGUGCUUUCUCUGCACUGAGAUUUUUAUAUCCAUUAAAAAGGCAAAAUUCCUGCCUGCCACAUAAAAACUCUAGAGCAUUCUUUGGCUCUCAGGUUUUCUAAAAACAUUUCUGUGCAAGGCACACACAUACAAAAAAUAAUGAUACAUGCAGUUUCUAUUUUGUGACAUUUUUAGUUAUGAUUUGUAUUUAUAAAUAUUAUAUGCCAUACCAUUAUUCGUUUCCAAUCUCAGUAUCUCUUGUUUUAGUCCCACAGUUUGUUUGUUUAUUGGGUUUACUACUUUUCAUACUCUUGGAAGUAUGUUCCAUCACUAGGCGGGGCAGGCCCCCUACCUCCCCAAAGCCAACGAUGAGUGUGUGCUGCACGUUGGAGGGAUUCUCCCUCUAGCUUCAUGUAAAAUCCUUGCUAUUACUUGAAGUGAGAAUGUCAACUUUAUACCUCCUGAUUCAUUUUCUUAUUUGUAGUAGUUACAUUUCUUUUUUAAUAGAAUAAAAGAUUUUUGUCUAUC